AUGAGAUUAAAAAAAAGUACGAUUUUGCGUCCUGGUGCCAGAGGGGAUUUUAAAUUCUCCGCCCUCACCCUCCGGCCAGGAAAAAUUCCGUAUAGCCUAAAAGGUGAGGGUGCAUCUUCAGGAGUACUAUAUAAUGCUCCGUCGGUACUGGACUUAGUAUCAGUUGAAGCUACGAACAACUAUCAUAUCAUGAAGACCCUCAUUACCCUCCUUGCUGCGGCCUCUUGCUGCCUUGCCGCCGAAGUGCCGUACACUCCGGCUGGACCGAAGGCACAAGGAGCUCUCCUCCUCCUACCGCUCCAGCAGGCUAAGGACAACAGCAGUACAUCCACCACACCGAGAUCUGCAGCUGUGAGUGAAAAUGGAACUGAAAAUCUGGAAGAUGUGAAUGCCAAUUUAUCUGAGAAAUUGAGGCAACAGCAGGGUUCUGAACAAGGUGUGUACCACGUGUACCUCCAAGAUGGCCGCCUACAGAAGGUACAGUACACCACUGCACCUAUCACCUCCGGGCAGCAAACCCAACCGCAACAAACUGCCUCCAACAAUUACAACCAACAACAGACCCCAGAGAUCCUCAGCCCACAGUUCGCAGAAAGGCGAGGAGUGUACUUCGUCCAAGUUCCUCAGGAAAGAAUUCAGGCUUUGCAGGGUAAUGCUCAACAGAUUUCUCUUCAACAGAGCAGCCAGAACUUCCAGCCCUCAGCUCCAGCCCAGUACAACCAACAGGAGAGCUUUCCCGUCAACGUGAGGUACCUGCCCCUGGAAGACUCCUCAGCCCCCAGCAGCCAGUAUAGACAGGACCGCGCAGAAGAAGCAAUCGUCAGGUACCUGCCAGUGCCGCUGACAGAACAGAGCGGGCAGUACAGUGCAAGUGAGCAGUACGGCCAGCAGUACAGUACUAGCGGCCAGUACGGCCAGCAGUACAGUACUGGAGAGCAGCAGGCGGUGGUACAGUACUCGGAGGUACAACCCAUCCAGGGACCGGCCGGAUUCGAACAGGCUCCACGGUUACACAAAGUGAAAGCGACAAUCUCCACGCCCAAAACCUCUCUCGCAAAAGAUGUAAGAAACGUUUGGUGGCUACUAAGGAAGAAGGGCAAAGAAGUAGUGUUCAUUUGGGUCCCUUCGCAUUGCGGGAUCAUCGGUAAUGAACAAGCCGAUCAAGGAGCCAACCUGGCAAGAAAGCCAGAUACAACAUCCGUUGAAUCAAUUAAUGAAAUCCCCCCAGAGGAUUACGUUAUAAAAAAUAAGGAGAAUGUGUGGAACAUGUGGCAAAACAAGUGGGAACAAGGAGAAUCGAAAUUAAAAGAAAUGAAACCCCACUGUUUAAAAUGGGAAACCUCGCACCGACCAUCUCGAAAAGAGGAGACAGCCCUUUGCAGAAUGCGAAUUGGAUAUUGUUAG